AGAUGCCCAUGGCUCAGUAUAGAGGUGUCUCCAGCUCUUCCUGCUUAUAACGCUGUCAUGUUUCUAUUUGUGUUGGCCAAUUUCAGCAUGGCCACCUUCAUGGAUCCUGGAAUCUUCCCUAGAGCUGAAGAGGAUGAAGAUAAAGAUGAUGACUUCCGGGCUCCUUUAUAUAAGACGGUGGAAGUAAGGGGCGUCCAGGUCCGCAUGAAGUGGUGUUCAACUUGCCGCUUUUACAGACCUCCUCGCUGUUCUCACUGCAGUGUUUGUGACAACUGUGUGGAGGAGUUUGAUCACCACUGUCCAUGGGUGAAUAACUGCAUUGGACGCAGGAAUUAUCGCUACUUCUUCCUUUUCCUUGUGUCCCUCACGUUGCACAUAAUGAGCGUCUUCAUCUGUGGCCUUUUCUACACAUUGGGGCAUCCAGACCAACUCAGAGACAUCCCAGCAAUUGUGACUAUUUCAGUGAUGUGUGUGGCUGGUUUGUUUUUCUUCCCUGUUGCAGGACUUACAGGAUUUCACAUUGUCCUGGUGUCCCGAGGUCGCACUACUAACGAGCAGGUCACUGGAAAGUUCCGUGGUGGAGUAAAUCCAUUUAGUAAUGGGUGUUGUCGAAACGUGAGCCAUGUUUUGUGUAGCUCACCCCCACCCAGAUAUAUAAAACGUCAUAAUCAGUCGGUUCUCUCGAUAACUCCGCCAUUUUUACGCCCUGAGAUUUCAGAAAGUCAGAUUGGCCUUAAAAUUCUAGACAAUGGCAUUCAGAGUCCUCUUCAACACUACCAGUCUCGAAGCAGUUUAGAGCUCACAGAGUCUCAGUCAGCAGAUGCAGAGCCACCGCCACCACCAAAGCCGGACCUGAGCCGCUACCCAGGGUUGCGAAGUCAGAUAGGCCUCGGGGAGAGGGAAGACAAUUCCCUGUUGAAUGCAGAGAGUCCUCCUACUCCAACGAUGUACAGAUAUCGGCCAGGUUUCAGCAGUGGAAGUGGUGGGCCUCCACCCAUUUGCAAGCUUCCUCGUGUGGACAGUCUCCAGGACUCGCCAAUGCCCACCUCUGACUUAUCUCGCCCUCCCAGUUCUCGCUCAGAGCCCAGCCUAGAGCCGGAGUCCUGUCACCCACCACCAGCUCGGUCCUCCAGUUUGCGCUCUGCCACUGGUACAUCUGCACAACUUCCCUCUCUUCCGUCAGAAGGAACAACAUCCACCUCAUACAAAAGCUUAAAUCAGACACAGAAUGGAAGUCUUUCUUACCAGAGCCUACUGAGCCCUUCUGACGAGACAGAACCAGAAACCGCUGGGUACUCUUCUCCGUACCUGUCAGCUCGAGAGCGUCUCCGACCAGCCUGCCCUCCUCCAAUUGCUCCUCGUUAUGGCAAGCCGCGAAUCUCGCAUCACCGGGUAGGAGGUGAUUCAGAUGCAGCAGCUUUACCUUUGUUGACACUAAAGGAUGAGUCUCCUGCAAAGUCGGUUCACUCCCGCAGCAACGGCCAAGCUUCUGUCUCCCCACCAGUCAGCCCUUCACGCCCAGGAGGUGUAAAAACUGUGUCAGGUGUGGGCGGAACCACAUAUGAGAUAUCUGUAUGA